UCCAUAAAACUCUUUUUAAGUUAUGUCAUCAACUUCAACUCUCCUAGCUUAAUUCCUUCAAAUUCUCCAUUAAUGGGGUUUUCCUCGAAAUGGGUUUUUGUAUCUACUCUAUUUUCAUUCAUAAAUCUUUCAAUUUCUGAUCCAAGAGCUACAGAAGCAGCUCUAAUAUGUUCAAACAGAACAGCUUCCCAAUCCGAUCGACAAGUCUAUGUAGCAAGUUUUCUAGCAGCCAUGGAUUCCAUUACACCAUUAGUGUCACAGAGCAAAUUUGGAGCUGUAAUUAAUGGAACAGGGAAUAAUACAGUUUAUGCUUAUGGUGAAUGUAUGAAGGACUUAUCACAAACAGAUUGUAAUCUCUGUUUUGCUAGGUGUAAAACUCAAAUCCUACGAUGCUUACCUUUUCAAAGGUUAGUUAAUGGUGGGAGAUUAUAUUAUGAUGGGUGUUUCUUAAGAUACGAUUAUUAUAAGUUUUUUAAUGAAAGUUUGAGUUCUGUGGAUAGGACUAUCUGUGGGAACACGAGUUUUUCUGGGAAUCAGAGUUUGUUUAGGGAAAAUGUUGGGAAAUUGGUGAGGGAUUUGAAGUUUGAGGGUUUGAAGAAUGAUGGGUUUUUAACUGCGGUUGUGGGUAGUGGGAAUUUGAGUGUUUAUGGGUUAGCUCAAUGUUGGGAAUUUGUGAAUGGAAGUUCUUGUCAAAGGUGUCUUUCUGAUGCAGUUUUGAAGAUUACUUCUUGUAUUCCCAAGGAUGAAGGGAGGGUGUUGAAUACUGGUUGUUAUGUUAGAUAUUCUACUCAGAGGUUCUUUAAUAAUUCUGCAGGUGAUACUCCAGCUGGAAAUGGAGGAGGAUCGAAUCGUUUGGCUGUUAUUCUCGCAACAACUCUGAGUAUUUCUGCUUUCUUGCUAUUUGUAUCGGCUGUUUCCUUCUUAGUGAGGAAGAAGGUUAUGAAACAAAAGAGAGAGAAGAAGCAGCUAGGAGCUCUCAUAAGAACAGUUAAUAAAUCAAAACUGAAUAUUUCCUAUGAAACUCUUGAGAAGGCAGCAAACUAUUUUAACAACUCCAAUAAAUUGGGACAAGGAGGUUCUGGUUCUGUUUACAAAGGGAUCUUGCCAGAUGGGCAGGUUGUUGCUAUAAAGAGGCUCUUUUUCAAUACGAGGCAAUGGGUUGAUCAUUUCUUUAAUGAGGUCAAUUUGAUUAGUGACAUCCAUCACAAAAACUUGGUAAAGCUAUUGGGUUGCAGCAUUACAGGGCCGGAAAGCCUUCUAGUGUAUGAGUAUGUGCCCAAUCAUAGUCUUUCGGAUUACUUCUUUGACACAAAGAACCUUCAGCCACUUACGUGGGGUCAAAGAUACAAAAUUGUAUUGGGUACUGCUGAGGGAUUGGCCUAUCUUCAUGAAGAAUCAAAAUUAAGGAUUAUCCACCGAGACAUAAAACUGAGUAAUGUUCUUUUAGAUGAAGAUUUCACGGCAAAAAUAGCUGAUUUUGGUCUAGCCAGGUUAUUUCCAGAAGAUAGGAGUCAUAUUAGCACAGCUAUUGCUGGUACACUGGGUUACAUGGCUCCAGAGUAUGUAGUACGUGGCAUACUGACUGAGAAAGCUGAUGUCUAUAGUUUUGGAGUUCUUGUUAUCGAAGUCGUUUGUGGAAAAAAGAACAAUUAUGUUUUCAAGAACACUAAUUCUCUUCUGCAGCAGUUGUGGAACUUGUAUGGGAUUGGAAAAUCUUGUGAGGCAGUUGACCCUUUAUUAGAGGGUAACUUUAAUAAAGAGGAGGCAUCGAAACUGCUUCAAGUAGGUCUUCUUUGUGUACAAGCAUCAGCAGAACUACGACCCUCCAUGUCAAGUGUCGUGAAAAUGCUCACUGAGAACCAUGAAAUUCCUCAGCCAACACAGCCGCCGUUCCUCAAUUCUGGUAGUUCAGAAUUUAGUCCAUUUAAUCUGCAUGGGAAAAGAUUUUUGGGUCAAGCAAGCUCCUCUACACAAUCUUCUGGGAAUAAAUUGACGGAGAGUUGGAUUGAGCCUAGAUAAACUAAGGUGAUCAAGAAUUUUGACCUGACUCGACGACGAUCAUCUGGAAUUGGCAUUUGAUUUUGUUCUCACCAAAGGCAAACUUUUUAAUGGUGACUUGUUCAGCCAACACAAGUUUGUUUCUAUGAUUAGACGUUAAGGUCUGAGAAAAUGAUCUUAACAUUAACUCCAUUCUUUUACUGAUAUUUGACUAUAGUCUUAUAUAGUCAAAUUCCUUUUGUGAAUAUCCCAGCGAGCUAUUUCCUUUCUAAUGUAAAAUUAUUGUAUAGUGCCUGAAUUAUGAUACUGUAUCUGCAGCAGUUGCAAUUAACUAUAUCUACUGUUUUCGAUUUUCGAGUUAGUAAUUUUCAUUAAAGAUUAUGCUUCACAAUUA